AUGUCCGCUCCUAGUGCCACUGCCUUGAGUGCAUAUCGCCAGAUUCUUCGCGCCACCCGCAUCGCAUUCAGAGAUGAUCUACGUGUGAUGGUCGCCGCGCGACAGGAGGCUCGUCGCAAUUUUGAUCAGAAUCGACGUGUCGGUGUUGACACUGGCAUGCACAUCAACCACGCUCUCGAGGUGGCCAACAUUCUCCGACAUAAUAUCGUGCAAGGUGCUCGCGAGGGAAAUGACGAAUCCGCAAAGUGGCAACUCCGAAUCCACGACGAGAUCGAGCGGGGUGACAACGAUUCGAUCAAGGUCGGCAACAAGGACGUCAAGAUCCAUAAAGCAUGCUCAUCUUAG